CUUUCCACACGAUCGACCAAGCCAGUCAGUGAUCAUUCGAUAUUGUUGCCUGGCGGACGCAAAAUCACAGCAACCAGAGAACUAGCGCGAGAAAAUAAGACGAUCGCGAGUUUCGACGGUGGAAUAUAAAAGGAAAAAUAGGCGAAUAAGAAUCUUAUGAAGUGCACCAGUAGUGUGAUCUAGCGAGCGAGAAAGAGAAAAAACACGAAGAAAUUUUCGCUUCUCGCUUGGGGAUAGGCAUAUUUGCUCUGCACUAUCGAUAUCGCAAAAAUCCAAAAUCCCUUGGGCAACAUUGCGAUCAGUGAAUCAACGUAGUAGGCGUUUUAAAAGCGCCGAGAAGAGUGGAAUUCCAUUCAGUGGAAAAGCCGGAAGAGCUACAAAAUAAUUAUUUAUCGACAGCCUCUACUAGCGCCAUACAGAAGCGUAUCGAACCGGAAGUGAAGUGCUAGCUUUAGUCCUGCAUGUGAGCUAUUGUAUAUACGUCGAUCAUCGUAAAGUGUAUUCUGACUGACCGAAGCAGCAGUAACAGUUUUAUCUGACGAAACAGCGAUUACCCAAAAACACAGCAAACAGAAAUUGCGAAAAUGAUUCACGUGGACGAAACCGAUCCCGUUGGUGAUGUGCCACCGCCAUUUCCUUAUCGUGAGGUUCAGAUUGAACGCGGCGUCGAUGCCAAACAGUUGUACGAGCUGAGCACAGAAAUCGGAAGGGGCAAAUUCGGAGUCGUACAUGUCUGCAAAGAGAAAUCCACCGGCACCCGGUUGGCAGCCAAGUUCAUUCAGAUCGUCAAAAAAGGCGACCGGCGGAACAUCGAGCGCGAAGUUCACAUGAUGAACGUUUUGCGCCAUCCCAAAAUCGCCCAACUGUACGGGGCGUACGAAUUUGAUCGGACCUUCUGCAUGGUGAUGGAGCUGGUUGAAGGAGGCGAGUUGUUUGAUCGCGUGCUGGACGAAAAGUUUAUCCUAACGGAGAAGGCGUGUUCCAUUUUCAUGCGACAGAUUUGCGACGCGAUCGGCUAUAUCCAUAGCAACAACAUAGUGCACUUGGAUCUGAAACCGGAAAAUAUCCUGUGUCUCACGGAGAGCGGGAACCGGAUAAAGAUUAUCGACUUCGGCCUGGCUCGUGAGUACGAUCCGGACAACAAGUUGCAGGUGCUGUUCGGCACGCCGGAAUUUGUGGCACCGGAAGUGGUCAACUUUGAGGCGAUCUCCUUCGCAACAGACAUGUGGAGCGUGGGCGUAAUCGCAUAUGUGCUCGUGUCCGGCCUUUCCCCCUUCGCUGGCGAAGACGAUAUUCAAACCAUGGCAAACAUCACGAUAGGCCGAUAUGACUUCCUGGAUGAAGCAUUUGACACCGUGUCCGAAGAAGCGAUAGAUUUCAUCAACCGCUGUUUGGUAAAAGAACAAAAGGAACGAAUUACAGCCGAACAAGCGCUCAAACACAAAUGGAUCAAACGAAAACCGCAGUACUAUCCGACCAAUCGACGACCCUCAAUCACCACCUUCAAACCAGUGCUGUUAGAAACAAAUGAUAAUAACAACAAUAAGUCCGACGCCGAGAUCGACAAAGAGAACCUCAAAGAGCUGGUUUCCAAAUGGAACGAGAACCCGAACAAUCGCUACGCCUUCGAACAGGCAACGGAGAAUGUUAUCUCGCCCAGUGGAGAAACGGUUCAAAUUCGACGCCCAGAUGCAGGCAGCCGGCGGGGCAGCUUAGCUAGAGGCGACGAAGACCCGUUGCUACUUUCCCCAUCAUCGUCAACUUCCUGUUGUUCGUCUUCGUCACCACUCUCAUCGGAAGUGAGCGCAACUAACCUGCACCAACCGAACAGUGAGAGUACCAUCAAUUCCCCGCACCAAUCAUCUCGCCCUGCCUUAGUGCCAUUAGAAGUAGUCUCUAACAUCACAGAACCGAGUGCCAGCCUAAUCUGCGAUAGCGAAAUUGCCAACACCAACAUUAGUCGUAAUUGCAAUACUAGUAGCAGUAGCCUUAGUAGUUGUAGUAGUUUUGAGCGAGCGCCAUCUACUAUUCAACCACCUCUGCAUGGAGUGUCGUCACCAUCUGAUCACCAUUCUCGUUCAUAUUUCUCAGAUCAUCACAAUUCGCAACAGCAGCAGACUCAACCGGAAGUGGUCGUUCAACCUUCCCAAGUCAAGGAACCCGUACCAGACUCCACCCUCCAACAAUCAUCUACACAAGAACCACAGACACAGAACAACCCCUCCACAACUCCACAAAGUAAUGGAUCGAGCACCCCUGUGACCCCACUAAGCCCCCUAACUCUCAGAACGGCCGAACUGGACUCGGACCUGGAGAGUCUCAAGACCAAGGUUAAAACCAAAACGUCCAAGGCGCAGAACAAGCUAAACGAACUAGCGCAGCAACCGGAGUUCCUCUCGAACGAAACCUUCAAACUGCAGACGUUCAAGUUCCUGCCCAAGUCGAUCAGUCUGUGCAACGACGAUUCAGUAUUCAAAGAAAACUACACCAAGUUCUGUGAUCGCAAUGCAAUUCUGAAACCUCCUCACCUUCAAGAAUCAUCGUCCAAGGCAUCCGAGGAAGUGACUUCCAGCAGUAGCACCACCACGACAACCGAAGUCUCCGAGGGUACCAAGGUGAUCGUAACGAAAACUACCAAAAGCACUAAAACGGCUGCCGAUGGCACGAAAACCGUCACCCUUCGGAAGACGAUCGUCAAACAGAAGAAGAUCACCGAAGAAGACACCGACAAGGACAAGCUCAAGACUCAAAGCAGCAUUACCCAGCAGGAUGAUAAGGCCACAGUCAAGCGGACCAAGUUCCGCGUCAACCAGAUGAGCAGCCGAGACGUUCCAGUUGCGAUCAACAACGUGGCCAAGAGGUACCUCGAGCAGAAUCGACUGAUUGCCACCACCGCGUCCACCAACCUUCCCAAGGAUGAUUGCAUUGUCAAGAAGAUCCACAAAACCAGCCUCGUGAACCAUUUCCAGCAGCAAACCACGUCACAUACCGAAACGGCCAACAACCUGAAAAAUACGAUGAAAACGCGUAGCAUUUCCGUCGACUGGGACGCCGUCAAUGCGGUUGAGAACCGGUCCAUGAAAACGAUCAAUUCCUUCCUGAGACGCACCUCGACCUCCACUGCAGGAUCGGCCGUCAAACAGCUCCAGGCCCAGAUCGAGGCUAGUAUUCACAAAUGAGAACCCGCACACUGUUACCGGAUAUGUCGUUUUCUUAACAUACGCUUAAAUUCCACACUCUUCUGACAAAUCUAUGUGCGUUUGAACGUCUAUCGAAAGUAAAAAAAAAGUGUGUUAUGUGAAAGACGUAUCCUUCAUUACCUUUGCUCUAGUCAUUCAAUGUACUCUUCUCGUCAUCUCAUCACCAUUAGCCCUCAUUCACCCUAUCAUUUGUCUGUUGGAACCCCCUAAAUGUACUUAUCGCCCCAUGUUUACAAUUAAGGCCUAUUUAUUAAAUCGAUGAGAUUCGAUCCACGAAACUGUUAUCAAUUUUAUUGAAACAAAAAAUGUUACCGAGAUGGAAAAUAGUCAACGACGUCCCUUGUGACAAGGGAAGCAAUUCAAUAAAAAAAAACAGUGUUAGGAUAAUACAUAAUCAUGUUAAAUCAUCUAAGUGAGACACAAAAGGAUACUUGCAAACACAGUUAAGAAGCAUGUAGUUAAAUUGUAUAUACUCAGAGUAUCUGCAUAAAUGAUAUUAAAUGGUAAAAUUAA